AUAAAUAUUUUUCUCAUCAUAACAUCAUACACGAAAUUAGAACGUAUAACGUGACACUGAUUAGAUUGCCAUAAAAAUCGCCGCUGAAUGUAAGAACCAAGGGCUCUUAACGCGAGGAACGCCUAGUACAAAGUGCACUUCUAGGAAAUCGAUUUACGCGAAAACUUCUUUUUUUUCAAAGUGAUAUCAUGGCCGAAGGUAUUAUUCAAACGGAAAAAUUAUCCGGUAUUGAGCUUUUCAAGACCGAGGUAGCAGCAGUACUUGAGAACACUGAAGAGCAACCAGUCAAGUUGAGCUCGCAAUUUACAAAGGAAUACAAAAGAGUGUUCAACAGGAAGUUCAAACCCGAAGACUACGGCUUUCAGUCGAAAUCCCUCUAUAGCUAUUUUACUCAUAUAACUGACAUUAUCAAUUUCACAAAGAAAGAUGGAAAUCUAGCUAUCAUUAUGAAAGAAAAAAAUGCAGAAUGCCUAGCUCAUUUCAGCGAAGAGGCUGUCGAGGAUACACGAAGUCCACCAAGUGAUGUAGAUUGCAAAUCUGUUACCGAAACGACAACAGAGCAAUGUCAAGAUAAAGCACAACGCAAAGAUAAAGUGCAACUCCAAGAUAAAGUCCAAGGUGCUUCUCUUCUUCGGUUGCAUGUUAUGGCAAUGAUAGAGGAUUCUGGUGAGAAAAGAAUUGAUUUGAGCUGUUUUGAUACAAUAUACCAAGAGAAAUACAAGACUCGUUUUAACCGAAAAAAUUACAAAUUGAAAGGAAAACUGACCAAGAUUCUUGAAAGGGCUAUGUCAGAUUGUGUGGAAAUUGAAACUUGUGGAACUAAAACGUUUUUGAAACUUAAGAAUAGUCAUCAAAAGCAAGUCAAAAGUGAUGAGAAAUCUGAGCCCUCUGAAAGCAUUGUCAAUGAUAGAAGUCAUCCGUUAUUUGAUUACCCAAAUGUAAGUGACAUGACAGAAAUGCCCUCCUCAAAGCCUGUAUCACUACCAUGCCAUGAUACGAAAAGCACUACUCCAGACAGUACUAAUGAUUCCCUUCAGGGCAUUAAAGACUUUAGAUCUGAUAUCAAAACUAUUUUAAUGGAUACAGAGACCAAGAAAGUUGGCUUAGGUCAACUCCCACAUCUCUACAAAAUGAAAUUCAACUGCAACUUUGAUCAUAAAAAAUAUUCAGGACUUCCCAAGAAACACCUCUGUAAACUUGUCCAGAAGGAUUUCAUGGCGGAUUUGAUUUUAAUUGUAAAAUGUGGAUCAAAAACAUCCGUAGAGCUGAGAGGUAACUGUGAUGACAAGUCAAUUGAAGGCCAAGAGGAAACCCUUAAAUACCAAUUACCUUCAGACCAUAACCUUUACAAAGGACAUGUGAAAAUGCUCUCAGAAGAAGCAGCUGAUCUUGACAAAUGGAAAUUCUAUUUACAGUGCCAAAAUAAUAGAAAAGGGCAUCCUCCAAAGGAUUCUUGUCUGCUGAACAAAGAUUUCACGUCAGAUCUAAUUUUGUUUGAGAAAAAGGGGCUUAUUACAGAUGUAAAACUAACUGACAAACCUUGUGGUGAAAUAUGUCAAACUGGACAGCCAUAUACAUAUAGUGCCAGGUCAUCAGUUAGUCAGUUGAGUACUCAAUCACUUUUGGAACCAGCCAGGGAUUUUUAUACUGAUUUUUCAGCCCCAUCUGGUACUAAUAAUGGUCAUUCAUACAAAUCCCAAUCUUCAUCAGCUGUUAAUGAGACAGUCCAAAGGUCAGACAAUGAGCCUGUUGCGCCAGCAAUGAGUACCAGUUUCACAGUGAAAGAUCUUUUGAAUCAACCUAGCCAAAAUAAUGAGAAUAAAAUAGCUAUUGAACCCUGCCAAACAAAAAUCAAUGAACACAAUUCAACACAAACAUCUGGCUUAUCUGGAGUUGAACUCUUUAAAUCAGAAGUUAGAGAAAUUCUUCUAGAUCAAGGGGGCAGAAUUGAAGUCAGCAAAUUCAAGAAUUUGUAUAAAAAUAAAUUUAAUGCAAACUUCACUGGAAAGAAAUAUGGAGUCACAAAAGCAAAGAAGCUCUGUUUACUGUUAAAGCUCAUUCCUGAUAUUGUUGUCUUGGGAUGUGUGGGUAGCAUGAUGUACAUGGAGCUUCGUGAAUGCCUAAUGGAGGUGCCAGAAGUGAAAGAAGACAAGAAUGUAAGACAAGAUACCAAGGAAAAUAGUCAAGCAGCUCAAUCAACUCAACCGGCUUCACCAUCAUUUCAUGACUCAGGAAACAAUGUACAACAGGGUGUUGAAGAAGUAAAAGUCUUUGAGAAAACAAGUGUAAAACAUGUACAAAAAGCACAAAAUUCCCAGUCGCAAACUGACAUCUCAACAGAAAAGGAAUCCUUUGCUCAUGCAAAUCUUGAUGACCACAAAAUUUAUAGCAAAAGUGCAGCAACUCAAAACCUUUUGUCACCUUCAUCAGAAACUACAUCUAUGAUAUCCAAAAAGUUAUCGAAAGACAUGGCUGCAGCACCCAAGACAAACUUCACAACUGAUGUUAUUUUGCUUCAACAACCAACAGUAGAAUAUCCUAAAAAAAGUGAGAAAAAGCUAUGGUCCAAGAUAGUUGAUGAAGAGGAAAUGAUGAUGUCUAUUCCCAGUCCUUUUGAAGAUUCAUUUAAUGCUGCACAAAGGAUGCAAUCUCUUACCAACCACAGCUUGUCUAGACCAGCAUAUCGCACACCUCAUGAAGUAAAUGAGAUGGCAAAGCGAAUUAUUGUGGAAAUUGCUGAGGAUGAGCAUUAUGUGUCAUUAGUGGUUGUCAAAGCAAAGAUGUGUGAGAUGACUGGAGUGAGAAAUCUUAAAGAGUUGGGGUAUAGAAAUCCAGAUAUUGAUAUCCAAGAGCUAAAAGAACUUCAGCGACUACACUCAAAGCUGGAUCUCUAUGGCCGAGCUUAUGUUAUGGUACACAGCAUUGCUACGUUAACAGAACUCGGUCAAAGUAUGGCUCGACUAGUGGAUAAAAAAGACUUUUCAGAACUCAAAGUAGGACCAUUGGUAAAGCUUCCAGUCGUCUAUGACCUAUUCAAGGCUCCAUCCGACGAUGUUGCUAUCCAGAGUAUAACCACCAUGCAGGUCCUCAAGAAUCUUAACAAGUAUUUAACGAAAGAGAACAAAUGGACGUCGAAAGUAGAGCUGGACAAGUUCAUUCAAUUUCUCUGUGAUGAAUAUGGCUGUAAGUCAGCUUACGAGCUCGGAGUUCGCGUUCAAAGCAUUGGUCUUGGCAUAUCGGUUCUAAAACGAGCUCAAAAAGCUCAAAGUGAGCGUUCCAAGGAAGUCGAACAAGAACUGGUUGCGGACUUAGAGAAAGAGUUUGAACGAAGAUGCAAGAAAAUAAAAGACGAUCUCCUUGGUGCAUCUCACGGUGACGAAACAAGUCUUCUACAGAAACUUCUUGGAUCAUCUGUGACGGACGUUCUUACUAAAGUAUAUGAGCACUGCAGUCUGCUCUUUCAAAGUAACCACACCAUCACAGAGAAAGAUUUAUGGAGAGUUGAGAGGUGUUUAAAAAGCUUAGUUGAAAAUAAGUCACUACGAGAAUUCUUUAAUUUAGCUCUUCACAUGGGAUGCAAGUCAGUGGUCUCUGGACUUUUGGACGAAUGUAGAACGGAGAUCAUUGAGACCAAGGAAAGAGAGGAGCAAGAGAAAGAACGGGCUGCAAAACCUCCGAAAAAAGGGAAACUGACCAAAGAAAUAAAGAAAUGGUUGAGCUCAGCCAAGGACCUGAAAAUGUCAACACUGGCACAUAUUGAAGACAGCAUAACUGAGCCUUUCCGGCCAGAUUUCCCAAACUUCACUGCGUUUGGCUAUGGAACUUUCUUAGAGUUUCUUUCCAAACAGCCUGAAUUGAAUAAAAUCAUAGAACAGAGCACUCUAUUAGGAAAUUCUGGAGAAUUCAAUCGCUGUCAAUCACGUGACAUGGGCUUCCUGGAUUUUUUCCGGCAGUGUGGUUCACAGUCAACAAAGGAUGAAGUUGAACGAACCGUUUGUGGUUUCUAUCGAGUGAAGACCCUAGAGGACCUAGGAUUUGGUAACUAUGACAACGUUGUCGAAGAAAUCAAACGUGAGAAUCAAAGCCACCGACAGAGCGUUUUCUACGAGGCAGCUAUUCUUUGUAAAGACGUCCCACAUGUUGGAUUCACGGGCCCUCACACUUCCCCACGGACAAAUAUCAAUGCUGGAAAAUUGGGAUGGAAGACUCCCGAUGAUGCCCUGAAAGCUUUGAAGAGCGCUCCGCUUUUGUUUGACUUGCAGGAGUGGACUCAAUGGACUACGGUAUUUGAACCAUGUCAUGGAGGUCUAAAGCGGUUUAUUGAGAGUCAGAGGAAAGACGAGAUCCAGGCUUUGGAAACCAGUGGUAAUGCUUUACUUCGAAUUGAUACUAACACCACCAACGACAGGUUUAGCGAAUGUGUUGACAAAAAUGACGCUGUUGGAGCCUCCGGUACUUUAGUCUCCUUAGUGGUUAAAUAUGGAGGCAUCAAGAACACGCCACUCACUCUAUUAGCCAAUCAUAUGAAACCAGUUUUAUCAAAGUUAAAAUCCGAUGAUCAGAAGAAUGAUGGGCUCACCUGCCCUCAGUUCGUCCUGCGUUGUCUGUGUAGUAUGCCUGAUAGCAUGUGUAUGGCUUUAGCUGAUAAGGUAUUCUUGGAWCCAUUGGAUAUUGCCGUGGGUAAAACAAACUCGUGCAAACUUCUCCUCUCCUGUUGUAAUAACGAUGCUCAGCGAAGUCGCCUACAUCGACUCGGUCUGGGGCUUGGAAAGAUUGAGUUUAUAAAAGACUUUGAGCAUGCGAUCAGUGGUGAAAGUGAUCAUCGUUACAGUCAAAAGAAAAUCACCCUAACGGAGGAGAGGCCAGUGGUUGCGGUCAAGCCAUUCACUGUCGAAAAGUUGGUCGGGGAUGACAAGGAUAUAAGGGAAGAGGGAGCAGAGGACGUAGAGCCAUCUGGUGACGUUGAAGAAAGAGAAGUGUAUGCAGAUAACGAAGAAACGACAGAUGAAGAAGAGGAAGAAGCAACUAUUAAACCAAAUCCAUGUAAAGCCGUUAUUGAAACAAUUCGCAAAGAAGAGUUUGGUAUCGGUGUUUUCCUAGGCGAGGAAGAAGGGAAGCUAUUUCAAAAACAACGAGAGCGAGAAGGAAGAAGCCUCCAUCGUUUGUCAGCAGACUUGUACAACAAAGACACUCAUUUCGUCCUGGAGUUAGUCCAGAAUGCUGAUGACAAUACUUACCCAGAUACUGAAAUACCUGCCUUGAAGUUUCUUGUAGACUCUAAAAGCAUUGUGGUACUGAAUAAUGAAGUAGGUUUUAGCGAGAAGAACAUCCGGGCAUUGUGUGACGUAGGCAAAAGUACAAAGGGACCCCACCAGUAUGGGUAUAUAGGUCAGAAGGGCAUCGGAUUCAAGUCUGUAUUUCGUAUUAGCGAUACACCCGAAGUCCAUUCCAAUGGUUAUAACAUUCGCUUUGAUGCCAACAGUGGUCCGUCAGGCUAUAUUUUACCUCACUGGAUUGAUAAUUGCGCAAACCAAGAUGACAGAGAGAAUGAGUUUCGUGGAUGGAUGACCAGGAUAGUUCUUCCUUUGAAAGACGAAUUUCAAGGUGACAAGAAGACAUCUCUCACAGCUCGAUUCCAUGAUGUUCAUCCUUCGCUGUUGCUAUUCCUUCAUCGACUUCGCAGUAUUACUAUCCAAAACGAGAACCUUCAAGAGAUGACAAGAAAGGAUCUUAGCAAUAAUGUUAUAGAAAUCAACCAUGGUCAUGGGACCGACCGCUGGCUGGUUGUUAAGAAACAACUAAACGCAUCAAAUGUACGAGAGGAUGUUGAGAUGACUGAGCUUGCAAUUGCUUUUCCAAUGGCUGGCGAUUCUAGCAACAAGACGUCUUAUAAGGUACUUCCCCCACAAAACGUCUUUGCGUACCUUCCUUUACGCAGUUAUGGGUUUAAGUUCAUCAUUCAGGGCGACUUUGAAGUGCCAUCCUCACGCGAAGACGUGGACGGAGACAAGGCCUGGAACCAGUGGCUCCGAGAAGAGAUCCCUAAAUUAUUUAUUGAUGCCUUGGAGGUCUUCAAGAAUCAUCCAUCUUUUCCUGGAUUGUUGUCCAUUUCAAGGUUCUUCCAGUUUGUUCCUUUAGAGGAGGAAAUAUUGGACUUCUUUGCUCCUGUCGCUUCGGCAAUACUCAAGUAUCUUCAAGGAAUGCCAUGCUUGCCAACUGUGAGAUUGAAGGAAACGAAUGCAAAGAAGAAAGGCAAUAAAGACAGUGAGAGGGAUCCCAUAAAGUACGACUGGAUGCAGCCAUGUACAGUAGUCGUCUGUGAUGAUCAAGAAGUCCAUGAAUUCAUCACUCCCGACGUACUCCGAAAGCAUCUCAAUCUCAACUACCUUGCACAGGAAGUUGCUUCCAGUAUUAAUCCAGCACUAAGAGCAAAACUCGGUGUACAGACCCUCUCUGCAAGGCAUGUUAUAGACAUUGGUCAUGCUGUCCUUAAGGAUCUUGAUGCCAGUAGAUCUAAUGAUGUUCAAUGGAUCGCUCAAUGGCUACAUUGUAUUUACCGCUGUCUUGAAAGCGAGCACAAUAGCAGUGUUGACAUUUUGAAUGAGAUCGCAGCCAUGGAUAUUUUCCCAUUGAGUGACAACAAACUAGUGAAUCUCAAAGAUCACGUGGUGUUUUUCCCACUUUCCGUCGAUCAAACUACCAAAUCUAAAAAUAAGAAAGCCAAAGUUUCAUACCUGGCAGAUCUACAACGUGAUCUAUCCGUUCUGCAUCCUGAACUUUUGACUCAUCUUGAAAACGUUGGGCAUAGCCAGCUGGAGAAACUUCUUACGCGUCUUGGGGUUAAGAGUUGGACGCCUAGUGACGUCAUACAUAAUCAUAUACUGCGCACCUUCAAGUCGGACGAAUGGAAGGACAAGUCUCCCACUGUACUGAAAAGUUAUUUGACGUACAUUUUUGAUCAACGCUUGACAAACAACGAUAUUUGUUCAAUGGAGGAACUCAAAGACUGUUGCCAGGUUUUGACAAACAAAGGACCUCUUAACCCGUCAAAAACCCCUGUUCAUUUCACCCCAAAAUAUGGCUACGAGUUGGACCUUCGCUCAGAACUUAAAAGUAUUAACUGGACACUUGUUGAUGAUUCCUAUCUUCAACUGUCUACACAUCACAAUGUCACAGCGAAAGACUGGGAUAAAUUCUUUUCUGCUCUUGGUGUUUGCUAUUUUAUAGCAAUUGAACGAAAGUCAGUCACUCUGACGAAAAUGAACAUGGGUAAAUCACCCUGGUCGUCUUAUGAAAAGAAUUGGCCUGAAACUGUAGAUGGUACUUACAUUGUUGAAGAUUACUAUAGUAGCGAGCUGGAAGAAUUCAUGCAGAGGACUGAUAAAGACCCCAAACAAGCAAAGAUCAUAGCUGAAAACUUUGACAAACUUUGGACAAAUCAGUAUUCGUGCUAUGCUGAUAGUGUUCCUGUGAGAGACACGGAAGGGCGAGAGCUACAGAAAACGUUGUCAUCGUUUCUGCACUAUCUACGAGAAGAGGACUGGGUCCCAGCUACUUCGUCAUCURAGUGCCAAGUUCCGAGGAAAUUAUUUUCCAAUACUGAACAACUCCGCUGCUUGUUGGAUGAGCACGUGUUGUACGCUGAUGCAAAGCUUGAAGAUGAAUCGUUCGUCAAAGCCAUAGGACUAGAAUCCUCUGUUUCUGCUGAGGAUAUACUUCAACACCUUGUGGAAUGGUCGAGUAGGACGCCUUAUUCAAGGACAGAUGCAUGUCAAGAUAGCGUCUUUAACACUUCGCUGUCACACAUGAAGAGAAUCUAUUCAUUUUUACAUGACAAAUGCCAGCACUCCCAAGUCUUGAGGUCCGAAAUAAAGGGCGCUUUCCGGAGGAAUUCUCUUUUUUUCGUACCAAAAGACACCGUCAAAAUGGCCGACAGGCGAGUAGAGGGGAGGUUUUAUUCCAUUAAAGAAGUUUGCUGGAACGAUCCUUCAGAAGUAACGCAGAAACUCCACUGUUCCAAAAAGUAUUCCCCAAAACGUCAGAUUCUUAGUCCUCAUUACAAGGAGAGUCAUGAUUUCCUGAGACUCACCCUAGGUGUAGACCCAACUCCACAUACCGAUGAGUAUAUCGAAAUGGCGGCUGUUCUUGCUGAGGAAAGUGCUCUACCAACACCUCCUGUUGUGGAGACAAUUUUUGCGAUAUUUGCUGUUCUUGGUGUUAAAUGUCUUGAUGAACGACACAGACCAAACUACGAAGCGUCCGAUUUUGCAACGAAUGAAGAUAUGCAAAUCAACCAAAAUAUGGCAGAAUAUCUUAGAAACAAGCUGCAACAAGAAGCAAUUUUCCCCUGUAGCGAGAAGUGGGUAACCUUGUCUGACAAGCCAAUUGUACCAGACAGCAAGCAGCUCAAAAAAAUAUUUGAGAAAGAAAAAGAUGUUUACUUUAUCACGCUGGGAUGUUCGUCCAUGAAGACCAAGUCACGCACAUCCAGGACAGUAAAAGGAGAGGAAAAGAAGCAAAGUGACGUGAAGGUUUUCCUGAGAGCUUGUGGGAUUGAAUCACUUAGUAAAAUCGUCGAAGAAGAAUUGACUCCGAAGAAUGUCGAAUAUCAGUGCCACGAAAUACAAAAGUAUUUCCAUGACGUAGUGCCGUGCAUCCAGAGAUAUUUGUAUUCUCACUUGGAAGAAAGGUACAAACAACUCAAAGAACAGUCAUUUGGGGAUACACUGGCCGAUAUGAAAUUUGCAACUGUGGAAAAGCUAGAGGUGGUCUAUCGCUUAAAAGGUUUUGCUCAAGUAAAUGUUGGUCAAGAAAUAAAGUAUGGCUCCGAAAGUAUUGGCAAAGCCUUGCACUUCUACGCCGUAAAACAACAUUCCAAGAGCUUCGAUAGUCUGAAUAAAGCAAUCACUAAACUCUUCAUUGAUGGCAACUUUAUCAACUUUGAAAAUUUCCUGUCUAAUCUCAGCAACAAACUUGAUGAUAGGCUAGAAAAUUUUCUCGAAGAGCAAGAAGUAGAUGUUUUACCUAAAGAUGAAGUAGAAUGGCGUGUUCCCGAACCUGAUAUCCCUUCAUCUCAGGAAACUGAAAUUCCUGAAGACCUCUUGCCACCUGUUGUCCAAAGAAAAGUACGAACUGAAAGCGACGGAGAGAUGCACUGUUGGCCUCCAAGAUCUUCAGUCACUGGUGUCAAAGCGGCCGUUCCUCAACUUCAGCAAAAUCUACAGAAAAAAGCAGAGUUGUGGACACAACCUGAAGCUCCCGAAUCAAUGAGAAAUGAUCCAUUAAACCCUAAGGGCUCACGCUUGCAGACCUAUAUUUCAACAGCUAGUAGUCAGCACUCAGAGGUCGAGAAAAAGAUCGAAGAUUCUGAUAACAGAAGACAAAACUAUCCUGAAGUGAUUGGCGCAACUAACAAAGAACCUCAUCAAAUUUCAACCUUUCCUAGAGUCGCAAGUGUUAAUCAAAGUCUGAUUGUCGGAUCGAGAAAUCCGGCUGUCGUAGCUCCAGCUAGUGGCAAAUUGGAUCCAGACAGUUGUAUUGAUGCUCCAGCUGAUGCUAGCCAAAACCUUUCCUCAGAUGCUACUCCUGACCCAAUCUCAAGUCCUUACCCGUCAGAUGGAACCAUCUUACCUGGUUGUUCGUCGGUCAUCCAGCAGUUAAGUACCUCAACACCAAGAAGUGCUGGAAACUCGCCAUCUGUCUUUUCUCCCAGUAUUCAGAUCGCAUUAGAAGAUCUAGAAUUGGAUGAACUUUGCAGUGAAAUUGAAGCGACUUUACCUUUGAAUGUGUCCUUGAAUGACAGCUCUGAUAAAAUUGAAGUCGGACGUACUGGAGAGAAAAUUGUUUAUGAUUAUCUGAUACAGCAGGAACCACAGGAGAAUGUGAUUCGGGAAAUUAUUUGGAUGAACAAAGACGAAAAUUCCACCGCACCGUUUGACAUUCAAGUUACUAGUAAACCACUUGGUGUCAACACUGGUGGACUCGAUGUCGUCAAUUAUAUUGAAGUAAAAUCUACUUCAACAGAGGACAAGGAAUAUUUCGAAAUCUCGAUUCCAGAGUUGAGGUUUGCUUUAGAACAACGCGAACACCUACACUUAUAUCGUGUCUUCAAUAUCGGCAGCGAUCAACACAUACGUAUUUUAAGGGUUAAGAACCUUGCCAAGCAUUUGGAAAGAAAAAGCGUUAAAAUGUUCAUGGUAGUUUGACAAGAAUCCUCUAAUGUAUUAUCUGAUUAGCUAGUAUUACGAAUUUUAAUUUUAUCUUUGAUAUAUUUUCUUUCUGAAUAAUAUGAUCGCAAUGAUAUGACGGCUACGAAACAGCGGAUGGUAUGAUGGUAUGUAUAAAAACACAUCGAUGAGUAUUUUCUUUUGGCGUCAAUAUCAGGAGAAACUCAGUGAAAUUGUCUACAGUAUGCAUUUUAUAAUCUUUACACAGUCACAUGAAAUCCGCUCUAUGCAUGAUGGUGAUUUUAUAGAAGGUGAUUGUGUAAUAAGCUCUAUUGGCAUCGUCUUAUAACCCUAACAAAUUAAAUAUUGCGAUAUUGUGUCUACAAUUUGGUACUCACGCUUAUUAUAUUUUGUGCAUAAAAGGCAAUUCACUACUUCACUUACUGAAAAUUCAUCUUCAUCACUAGAAGUAAAGACAAUGUUACAAGUCUUAUUUUUACGUUUGAAUUUGUUUGGUUUCAUACUCGCCGAGUAGCAUUAUUUUUUAAAUUAGACGACGSUGCUUGUCCUAUAAAUUCUUUAUUAUUUUUUUCAGUUUCUGUAACGCUCGCUACUCCGAAUACUCAGAAUCUCAAAGAGCAGUGAACUUAGUUUGCUCUUUCUUAGUGAACCGGAUUCCUUUCCUGAUUUAUAACUGAAAAUAUUGACUCAUAGCGUGUACCUUUUUUUAAUUCCAGAAAGUCCAAUUCGACAUGAAUACUAGUGUAAUGACCUCAUUUUAUAGAUAAAGAUUUUGUAGUAUAAUUUAUAAUAAAUAAAACAGACAAAAAUGCGAAAUUA